UUUCCCAUGAAAAAUUAAAAUUAUUAAUUAUGUUUUUAGUUUCUAAUCAUUAUUGAGAGAGAAAGAGAGAGAGAGAGUCUGACCUCCGGGGAUAGGUGGGUAGUGGUAUGGAGAGAUGGAUAACUCCAGGUAGUAAGAGCAUCUCCGAGGCCCCUCGCCAUUUGAGUCUUUUAGCCAUUCAAGCGAGCAAAAUUUCAAAUCGUGUUCUCCAACGCUUUAGCUAUUCAGCUCGCCAAAAUCCAGGAAGCCAAAUUGCUCGCCAAAUUUGGAGAGAAGAAGUUGCUCGCCACAUCUCCCCCUCCUCUUGCUGCUGUGAACCAGGUAUACAGACUGAAGAGUUGCUCGUCCAUUGGGUUCACUCGCAGCUGGAGAAGCACAAAAGAAGAUCGUCUGAAGUUGUUCUUCUUCUCGUUGCAUACAGCCCAAUCGGACGAUUCUUCACGUAACGGGUUU